UUCAUUGAUUUGCGAUAGGCCCUACGUGCGCUUGAUGGUUGAAUGGAGUCUUCAUUCACUGCUCACGUUGUGUUUGUGGUUUUGCCAUUAACGUAGGAAACCUGUUUUUUCAGUGUGGUGAAUUCAAGAUGUCUGGAAGAGUGAAGCGAAAACCAGAGAAGCUUCUGGAUGAAGAAGAGGUAGCUUCCCCUAGUCCCAGCCCUGCAGGGGGUGGAGCACGAGGCAGCAAAGCCAAGUCAGGAGGCUCGGGGCCCAAGAGAGCCCACAGGAGUUGUGAGAAAGCUCGUUGUCCUGCCAAAAUGCCGCUGUGCUCCAUCAGUGCUCACGAAAGGUGUGCUGGUAAUGGCUACACGAGUAGAUGGUAUCAUUUAUCGGCAGGGGAACAUUACUGCAAUGAAUGCUUUGACUACUUCUAUAGAAGCCACCGUGUUGGCUUUGAGCAAGUCUCGCGUUGGAAGCGAGAGUGGAGCUGCACAGGCAAGACGGAGCCCAACCUCCGCACCUUCAUGGUGGACCAGCUACUCCCCUACUGGCUACAGUGCAGCAAGCCAGGCUGUGGGAAAUGGCGCACGCUGCCCAGGGGGCACGAAAUCAAUGCCGACGUCAUCAGACAAUUCACGUGCACGAUGGGGAGAAAGUGUGAAGCUGACGAUGGGGAAAGUACCAUCUCCUGUGAUGAGGACGAAGACAUCCGAGUCAAGCAGACCCUCCAGCCGGAGUGGCUGGAGACACUACUCUUCCCUCCCCUCCUCAAGAACUCCCCCGCUGCCCCAUUCCUGGCAUCUUACUUCCCAGAUGGUGUAGGACUCAGCGCUACCUGUGAGCUCGUCAAAAAGAAACCAGGAGAAAGACAUUCCUACAGUGGCACCUCCAACAUACCAGUGGCCGGCGUCAGCCCCUACUUCCAGCCCUUCUACCAGCCAGAUGAGCAGGGUAAGGCCAUGUGUGUCCGGCCAGACAUGAUGGAGCACGACGAGAUCCAAGAGUUCCCAGAAUUCACCAAGGAGCAGCAGAUGUACCUGGCACUCAGGAACCUGGUUAUUGCCCUCUGGAGUACAAGCUGCAAGGAGUUUUUGACAGUGGAGAAAUGCAAACAUCAUCUGGUAGUCCGAGGGCUGAUCAGAAUUCGCUGCGCCCAGUUGUUGGUACCCAUCAUCCACUUCCUCUCUCGGAAGGGUCUCAUCAAUACAGGCUUGCUCAGAGAUCCACCAGGUGGGACGUUGUUACCACCGGAAUUCAAGCAAGGUCCAGUGGUCAUCAUUGGAGCAGGCGCAGCAGGCUUGGCGGCCGCUCGUCAGCUGACCAACUUUGGUUGUCAAGUGACAGUCUUGGAGGCACGAGACAGGAUUGGAGGUCGUGUCUGGGAUGACGACAGCCUUGGCGUGUGCGUGGCCAAAGGGGCACAGACCGUCAACGGUUGCAUCAACAAUCCAAUCUCACUAAUGUGCGAACAGGCGGGUCUGAAGAUGAAGCUCAUCCAGGAUAGAUGUCAUCUCCUGGAAGGAGAUGGCAAACUCAUCGAUGCCUCCCUGGACCGAAGGGUUGACUUCCAUUUCAAUGCCAUGCUGGAUGCCAUAGCAGAGUGGAGGAAGGACAAGACUCAUUCUAAUGAUGUUGCCUUGGGAAAGAAGCUUUUCGAGUUCCACCGGAUCUUCAUGGAAGAGACUAGUCUGACUUUCACUCCGACCGAAAACAGAUUACUUCAGUUCCAUAUCAGCAACCUGGAGUAUGCCUGUGGCUGCAAUUUGUCCAAGGUCUCGUCGUUACAUUGGGACCAGAAUGAGACCUUUGCCCAGUUUGCUGGUGACCACACCCUGCUUCCCGACGGCUACUCGGCAAUCUUCAACCAGCUGGCUGAGGGACUGGACAUCAGGUUGGGUCAGGCUGUGGUUAGUGUGGACUACUCAGGACAAACCACGGUGGUCACAACACGAAGUGGGAAAGAAUUUAAGGCUGCCAAGGUUCUUGUAACUGUACCCCUGGCCAUACUUCAGCAGGGCCUGAUCGACUUCCACCCUCAGUUACCCACUAUAAAGCAGCAGGCUCUUCGCAAUCUAGGAGCCGGUAUCAGUGAAAAGAUUGCUUUGAAGUUUCCUCGGAGCUUCUGGGGCAAGAAGACGUUCGGAUCAGAUUACUUUGGCCACACCCCCUCUAUCGACGACAGACGAGGCUACUUCAGUGUGUUCUAUGACAUGACGCCAAAUAGCAAAGACUGCCACGUCCUGAUGACAGUACUGAGUGGUGAUGCCGUUGAGAAGACCAAAGAUCUGACAGAUGAGCAGAUAAUUGCUGACUGCAUGACCUGCCUGCGAGGACUGUUCCCUGAAGAGGAUGUACCUGAGCCGAUGAGUUAUUUUGUGACGCACUGGGCCAAGGACCCAGAUGCACAGAUGACCUACAGCUAUGUCAAGACCAGCGGGCACGGUGAAGACUAUGACACCAUGGCAAUGGACGUCAGCCAGAAGUUGUUCUUUGCAGGAGAGGCUACAAAUCGUCAUUUCCCUCAGACUGUGACGGGGGCGUACCUCAGUGGAGUCCGGGAAGCCACCAAGAUAGUCUCCUGCUGAUAAACACUGUCGGGCACAUGGAAGCAUACAGGGAGAGAGUCUUUGUGAAAAGGGUGGAGAUACCAUGAUGUAUGGGGUGUUGUCACAUCCAAGUGUAAAUUUCAAAUGAGCGUUUGUAAACAAUCUCCUUUCCAAAAAAUUCCUACAAACUAGAUACAGAAAUCCUCGAAGCAUGAUAUACCUCAUGAAGGAGGAAUUACCCUCGCAGAAAGAUAGUGUGACCUACAAUGCUUCCUUUGUUCUAUUUUAAGUUCCGCCCACAGGCAGUUAUAGCCCCCUCCCUUAUUACAUGUACUCCACAUCUCUUCCUGCACUUCCUAAACUCGUUCCUAUAAAUGUGGCAGUGCUGCUUUUUGAAAUUAGCUACCUCAACAAAUUAAAUCCUUUUUUUUCUGUUGAAUAAUGCCAAAAUGGUUUGCAAUUUCUGUAUCUUUGUUGUUUCAGUAUACAUUAGGACUAAUGGUGGUGUUUUGUGCUGCAAAUUGCUGGCAACUGUAAAUACUGUGAAUGGUUUGCAAGUUUCUUUUUCAUUUCUCACAAAAUAUUGAAUAUUGAUUCAUUUCCUUAUGGCUUGGCCUAUUGGUGUAAAAUUAUUCACAUUUCAUGAAUGGAAAUGCAGCAAUUUUGUGCUGUUGAAAUUAGCAUUGCUCAAUUGGAUAUAUGCUGUGGUGACGAUCGUCUGGGCUAACCUGUACGGCAUCCCAGAUCUGUGUUUUUGUGAAAGAGUUUGCAUAAGAUUUUAGGAAAGUAUUAUCUUUUAGCUUGCCUUUUGAAAACGACAGAAAUAGGUUGCAUUACGAAGGAUUGAUGGUUCUUUAAAAAUGGCAAAAACAGGCUGAUGUAGGCUGAUUUGAUUUUUUAUCACUGCCAGGGCUCACUAGUUUUGUAAAGUUGAUGUAACGUAUCAGACAGAAGUAACCGUUGUUUCCUUCAGUUUUUGUAUAGUACUAGUCAUAUGUGUACCAUUGUUCAACUGUCUGUGCCAGUAUUGUUGUUAAGGCUGACACAAGUCAUCAAGCCUCAAGUCACAAACUUCUCAAAUAUCCCACGAGCUAGCUUCUCUUUACAAGUCCUUGAUGACACUUUCACUGGUCGUGUGAAAGAGUGGACUAUGCACAAAAACUAGGCUGCGCUAGUGUGAGUGCUUCAAGCUCUAAUGGGAGGUAUUGGCUGACAAAUCUUCAGUGCUUCCUGAGGUGUCUGGUUCUACCUGACGAAAAAAAAGAUGCUGCUGCUACUGUUUUCACUUGCUUGGAUCAGAUGGAAAUCAAUCCGGUGCACUUCAUCUCAGCCUUGGACCGAAUUAAUGUAGAAAAUGGCUUGAGAGAAGCUGUUGGGUUUAAAAUACAGGCUUCGACGUGGUAGCCAUCUUGUGGGGCAUUUUGUUUUUUAUUUCACAUGCUCUGCACAAAGGUGGUUUCCCUAUGUUCAAGAACUGCCAUGCAAGAUGGCCGUCAUGCAGAGCCGCUAUUGCAGGUUGUAAGCUGAAGGACAUUUUACCACUCUUGGCUUUGUCAGCAGCUCCAGUCCCAUGACUGAAGAUUGGACUGACACACUGAGGGAUACUGGCAGUAAGAUCAAGUCCCCUCAUACAACUCCAGGACGGUGGUUAUGCAGUUGGAUUACGCUUGUUCAUUCAAAGCCUUUAAAUGGUGGAGUGUGUGAGACCAAAGACAACAGCAGAAGUGAAGCCAAGGUCGCAAAAAUUACCUUUGAAUAUUUGCAUUGAUGUAAUGUUUUAAUGUGAUGUUUUACUGUUUGUGUCUCUAGUGCUGCAGAAAUGUACAAAGUUUGAGCAAAGAUGUAAUACUUAGUUGUAUUUAUUGCAGAUGUGA